AUGUGCCAUGUGAGCCACCCCAGCCGGACGAGCUCCCGGAGGACGAGAGCGUUUUCACCUACCUCUUCCAGCCUUCACCUCACACCCUGAGCCGCGUGGUGACAUCCACCCAGCUCUGGUUCCACACAGGCCCUGACCUCGUGCCCCCUGGCUCAUCAGCUGCUGCCAACCGCUCCGCAGGGGGGGCAGACGUGCUGAUCCUGUCGGGGCAGGGCCGGGUCACCGUGGCAGCCACUGUGGUGCAGGCAGCCGAGCAGUGGACGGUCUUUCACUUCGCCGCGCCCUUCCUGCACUACGUCUCCCAGAAGCUCUUUGUGCUGCUGGUGCGCUGCCCGGGCUGCCCCUGCACGGCCGAUGCAGACAAGAUGCCCUUCCUCAUGGCCACCACCAAGCCCAAAGGGCCGGACAGAGCCCGCCGCUCCUCCGUGCCCUGGUCCCCGGCUGCCCUCAACCUGCUGCAGCGCCCGUCAGAGGACGCCGCAGCCCACGCUGACUGCCACCGGGCCGCCCUCAACAUCUCCUUCGAGGAGCUGGGCUGGGACAAGUGGAUCGUGCACCCCAGCAGCUUCGUCUUCCACUACUGCCACGGCAGCUGCUCCGACGCCCACACCCUGAGCCACACGCUGGGCUUCCGGCUGUGCUGUGCGGCCCUGCCCAGCACCAUGCGCUCCCUACGCGUUCGCACCACCUCCGACGGCGGCUACUCCUUCAAGUACGAGACUGUGCCCAACAUCCUCACCCAGGACUGCGCCUGCAUCUAG